AUGAUAUUCACACAUCUCGCCAACAAACGAAACCACCUCGACAUCUUUCCCAUCUGGACAUACCCAACUUACUACAUCCUCUAUUUCUAUCGAUUUCCGUUUUAUCAAAUUACACGGCCAUCUCCUUUCAUGUCACAGAUGAUUGUCGAUUGGAAGUCAACGGCUUUCUUAACUUCAAUGCCGAAAAUGGUGCGAGAAGCAUGUGAUCGUCUCAAGGAAGAUGGCUCAAACUACCCCGACUGGGAGUUUCGCAUUGUCCGCCUAAUCGAGACCACCACGGGAAAUGUAGGCUACUUUGAUGAAGAUGAUCAGGUUCGAUCCGACCCACGAGGUGACCUCAUUAUUCGUGCCAUGAUUGAGCACUCCGCCAAAACAAAACUCGCCAGAGAAAUUGCCCAGUGUAACUCAGCUCAAUCCGCUAUGGCAACCAUCAGAUCUUUAUUUUUCUUUCCAAGCCGACAUCUGAAGUUAUGGACUGAACUCUUUCAAAUCAAGCAUUUCGAGAAAGGAGAUAUUGACAAGUACCUACAUGAGAUCAAAAAGAAGAUUGACGAGCUGGAUGAAGCACGAUUCCCUUGGACGAAGGACAGUUUCCUGGGAAUUGCCUAUCAACUAGGUGUUCAAUCAUCAUCUCCUGAUGUUGGUAUCACUUUGGACGCCCGCCUACGUGCCCAACCGAACAAAGCUAUUUGUGCGAAAGAAGUGGAAGACAAUAUCCGACUCCAAGCAAAGCAUAAACUCAUUUUACCUGAGAUUGGCUCUCUCCGACUAGAUCAACCCACCAUGUCCACCUCAACUCCACCGCGUCCUGGGACAACUGCAUCUACUUUCCAUACGACUCCACCCUCCGUGUCCAAGUCUCAUUACCUAUACAACAACUACCCUUGUUGGAUAUGUGGGAUGCGUGGUCAUUGGUCACCAACCUGCUCCAAUCGCGAUCCAUUUGGAUGUUACUAUUGUGGAGAGGUUGGCCAUUAUGUGCCCGAAUGCCCAUCUAAGCUGUCCGGUCGUCCCCCCCCAGGUACUCAACGUCAAGACUGA